AUGCCUCACGACCAAGUAUUGUUAACUAUCGAAAACGCUUGUCAAGUCGAUAUCGGUAACAGAGGUAUCGGUCCACUGAUCACUCCAGGGGUCCUACCAAGAGCAGUCGACGCCCUCCGUAGGCCACCCGAGGGAGGCAGGGCGGUAGUCGUCACUGGAAUGCCUUGCUGUAUUGACAAACCACCUCCGCAGUUCGAGUCGGACGGUCUGAUCGGUUCAGUGUGUGUAGCAAAAGCGUUGAAGUCGGUCGGCUGGGAGGUCUCGCUCGGUGUUGAAGAGGACAUCGCUGAGGUUCUCACAGUCCUGACUGACGAUGAGAUUCCUGUUAUCGGGGUCGAUCCGGCGUCAUCUCCUAGUGAAGUGAGUAAGAAGAUCGGGAGAGUUCACACGGUUGUUUGCAUCGAGAGAGCUGCGCCUCCCUACAAGACCAUGCGCAACUUGCAGAUGGACGCUGCCAAGAUAGCUCCACUACACUGCUUGUCUGAGAUGGAAGGGGUCGUGACGGUGGCUGUUGGUGACGGUGGCAACGAGAUGGGUAUGGGCCCUCUGCAAGAUCUAGUGGCCAAGUACAUUCCUCUGGGCGAAUCCAUCAAAACGAGCACGAGAUCAGAUUUUUGUCUGGUCGCCGGGACGAGCGACUGGGGUUCCCUCGCCCUUGCGAUGAGUUUGGGUCUCAACUGGUCUCGAGAGCAGCAUGAACAGCUCUCUGCCAUUCUCCAAGAGAAGGGUGUUCGUGAUGGUGUUACUGGAGUGCCUGGUCCGACCCUAGAUGGUAUACCUUUGGAGAGGACGUAUGAUUUGAUUGACAAAAUGAGGAAGAUUCUUAUUGAGCAAGAUUGA